CAUAUCGCGAUAAACCUCGUGAGUUUGUGGAGCCCAUGCUCCGCAGUAUCUCCAUCACUUUCAGCUCUAACUCCUGCUGCCUUCACCAGCGGUUUAACCAUACUGUGCUGAUAAAAUACUGAGGUAAUAUCUUUGCGCUGCCAUGGCUGAUGCCGCAAUAUCUUUUGCUAAAGACUUUCUAGCAGGCGGAGUUGCAGCUGCUAUUUCCAAAACUGCGGUCGCACCGAUAGAGAGAGUCAAACUGCUGCUGCAGGUACAACAUGCCAGCAAACAAAUCAGUGCAGACAAACAUUACAAAGGUAUUGUCGACUGCAUUGUGAGGAUUCCCAAAGAGCAAGGCUUUGUCUCUUUCUGGCGUGGCAAUUUAGCCAACGUCAUUCGCUACUUCCCCACACAAGCCCUCAACUUUGCCUUCAAGGACAAGUACAAACAGAUUUUCCUGGGUGGCGUUGAUAAACACACGCAGUUCUGGCGAUACUUCGCGGGUAACCUGGCCUCUGGUGGUGCUGCGGGAGCCACUUCGCUCUGCUUUGUCUACCCUCUCGAUUUUGCUCGUACCCGCCUAGCCGCAGAUGUGGGGAAAGCUGGCAGCACCAGGGAGUUCAAUGGGUUGGCUGACUGCCUGGCCAAAAUCUUUAGGUCAGACGGGCUGCGGGGUCUGUACCAGGGCUUCAAUGUCUCUGUUCAGGGUAUCAUUAUUUACAGGGCAGCUUACUUCGGAGUCUACGACACUGCCAAAGGCAUGCUUCCAGACCCCAAAAACACCCACAUUAUGGUCAGUUGGAUGAUUGCACAAACUGUGACAGCAGUAGCCGGCGUGAUCUCGUAUCCCUUUGACACUGUUCGCCGUCGAAUGAUGAUGCAGUCAGGACGCAAAGGAGCGGACAUUAUGUACACAGGAACCCUUGACUGCUGGAGGAAGAUAGCUCGCGACGAGGGUGGCAAAGCAUUCUUCAAAGGGGCUCUGUCCAAUGUACUUAGAGGAAUGGGGGGUGCUUUUGUGCUGGUGUUGUAUGAUGAAUUCAAGAAGUUUGUUUGAACAACAAGUGCUAGGAGAAAGAAAUAAUAGUAGAAUAGCUUUUACCACACAAUUCAAACCCUGUCCACUCCACACAAAUGUGGACUUGGUUAAAUAGUCUUAGAUGUGAAAAGGAAAUAUUAAUAUUUGUGUUUAAUUAAAGUCCACAUGAUUUUUGUUCAGAGAACACUAUUGUCCUAUGAUAAAAUUUAGGGCAUCUUAUAUUUUAUCAGAAAGAAAGCACCUCUCUGUGUGAUUCAAGCGUGAAUAUAGACUUGUCCCCAUAUCGAGCUUUUGAUGUUGUGCAGUGGCUAUAAAGAGCAGUUAUAUUUUAUUAGAAAGAAAGUAUAUUCGUGUUGUAAGCACGAAAACAGGCUUUGUUACUAGCUUUGAUGUUGUACAGUUAAAAGGGCAAGAGUAGAUCCAGAGAUAUGAUAUACAAAAUGGGUUGCAUAUAAAAUGUGAUGCAAAAUCAAUUAAAAUUCAUGCACUUGUUGCUUUUGUGUAUAUCAUUUAACAUCAUUUGAGGCAUUAUUAAUAGAUUGUUAAUUAGAGUCCAUGAUGCAGUAGCAUAAUACUUCCUCAAGAUGGCGUGACGCGACUGCCUUGUGCUGCGAUCCCACAGUGUUUAGACUCGGUUCCCGAAAUUCUGUGGUAACAAGGGGGUUCAAAAUCACCCCCGAAACAAAAUACGGAGUUCAAACACCGCGGCAUAAUGUUCCACACUUUAAACGUUUUCUCCCGUCACGAGUUGGACUUGACAAACGCACCAAGAGUUGGUGUCAAAUGGAGUCAUGGCGGUAUUAAAUAUGACGCUUUAAUUCACAACAGAUUUGCCCUUUAUCAGUCUCAGCAGUGAAUAAAGACGGUAAAGUCAUCCAGCAGAGAAUGCGUGGAGCCAGAGACAUGGCAUUCACAGGCAAACGUUAUGUGACAUGAAAAGUGUAUUUCCAUGAUUUCUCUUUUUGGAAGUCCGCGUAAGUAUUUUCCAUCUUGGAUAAUGAGGGGAGUCAUAUUUUCAUGCUCAUUUUGCUGUCAGUCUCGGUGUUUGGUUGCGUCAGUCUGAUCUUGAUUAAGUAGAUCCCGCUUUCAAAAGUAGAAAUGUGAGGAAGGGCAUUUUGAGUUCAGCAAUGACACUGAAACAUUAUAUUCAUCUUAGCAUGUAAAGCUAUUAUAAUCUUAUGUCACACUAUGUAAAGAGAAGUACUGUACUUAUAGAUACUUGCAAGUAUUUGAAAGCAAAGUGCUUGUAUGCAAUAAAAGUGGA